AAUAUAUUCUCAACAUUGCUGCCAGGUGCUACUGCGAAAGUUGAACCUCCCCCAGGAAAGACAGUUGAGGAUGGACUGGAAGUUAAAGUCGCUUUUAAUGGAAAAUGGAAAGAUUCUCUGCAAGAGUUAUCUGGAGGACAACGCUCUCUUGUUGCCUUGUCGCUAGUACUUGCAAUGCUAAAAUUCCGUCCUGCUCCCAUCUACAUUUUGGAUGAAGUCGAUGCAGCCUUAGACUUGUCACAUACGCAGAACAUUGGACAUAUGAUUAAGAAGCAUUUUACAACUAGCCAGUUUAUCAUCGUGUCACUGAAGGAGGGUAUGUUUAAUCACGCAAAUGUGCUUUACCGCACGAAAUUCUGCGACGGAACUUCGCAAUUUAUCAUCGUGUCACUGAAAGAGGGUAUGUUUAAUCACGCAAAUGUGCUUUACCGCACGAAAUUCUGCGACGGAACUUCGCAAGUUACUCGUACGACUAACAAAUCAUCGAAUUAG